AUGGAGUGCCCUGAUGGGAGGCAAUGUGUUGCAGGUAGAUUCGAGUCUCGGUCUUUUUCGAUUGGCUGGAGCGCCAACGCCGCUAUCUCAUGGAUCAGCGCCGGUUUCAGCGUUGUCCAGUCCAUCGAUACUGGUAACAAUUACGAGUGUUGGGGCAAUUCUCGCGACUUUUUUGCCGUUUGGAAGAAGCAGGGCCAGACGGCCUACACUGUCCAGAAUGGUAUCUACAACUCGUGUACCAGUUCAUGGAUGCCUGUCGGUGGGCAUGUUAUUAUCUGGUCACCCAAUGCCCAGAACAGGAGGGGCAACCAUUACUGCGUGUUUGGUCGCCAACUCGACUCUUCAUCAACAACGAGGCAAUAUGUCGACGCCAAGUCCGACAAGAGAAUCAGCGUCCACAACCCCAUCGACGGCUCAUUAGUUUCCGAUGAUGUUCAUGUCGCUGGCCCACAAGACGUCGAUGAUGCUGUAGAUGCAGCCCAGGCAGCUUUCAGCGGUCCCUGGAAGACCUUUACAGCAGCUCAGAGGACGAAAUGCAUGCUCAAGCUUGCCGACCUCAUUGACGCCAAGGCCAAGGAUUUGGCUGUGCUCGAAACAAUUGCCAUGGGUCAACCCACCAGCAUUGCCGUCAACAUCACCAAUAUGACGAGCGAUCUCUUCCGCUACUAUGCAGGAUGGACUGACAAGAUUCGCGGCGAACAACUACCUCCUGAGGGCGGUGUUUACAAGAUCAUCAGCCAUCAUCCGUUUGGUGUUGUCGCUGGUAUUAGCGCCUGGAAUGGCUCUUCCAUACAACUCGGCCUGAAGAUACCUCCGGCUGUGGCUGCAGGCAACACGGUCGUCUACAAGAUGUCCGAAAAGUCUCCGUUGGGUAUGCUACAACUUGGACACAUGAUCAAGGAAGCUGGAUUCCCACCUGGUGUUAUCAACAUCCUUAACGGCGCAGGAGAAACUGGGUCUCUUCUGGCAUCGCACAUGAAGAUUCGUAUGAUUUCCUUUACUGGGUCUGGUUUCACAGGACGAAAGAUCUCCGAGGCUGCGGCCAGAUCCAACUUGAAAAAAGUGGCCCUUGAGCUCGGCGGAAAGUCACCUGUUCUUGUGUUCAACGAUGCAAACAUUGAAAAGGCCAUUGAGUUCUGCACCACCAUGUUUCUCUUGAACUCGGGUCAAGUAUGCGCGGCUCCAAGCCGAGUUUACGUCCAGCGAGACAUUGCGAAAUCAUUCAUUGACGACCUAAAGAAACGAUACUCAGAAGUGACUUCUGGUAUAGGAGCUGACCCACAGGAACCUUCGACUUUCAUGGGUCCGCUUGCGGAUAGUUCUCAAUUUGAGCGUGUGAUGAGCUUCAUUGAUUCCGGUAGCAAGGAAGCUGAACUCGCAGUUGGUGGCCAUCGGGUAGGUGAGAAGGGAUACUUUGUCGCCCCAACCAUUUUCAUCAAUCCCAAACCCGACGCAAAGAUUUUGAAUGAAGAAAUAUUCGGACCAGUCUUGACGGUAGUGACCUUUGAUACCGAAGAAGAGGCUGUCGCACUGGCCAAUGACACAGAGUAUGGUCUCGCUGCGUAUGCGUGGACCGAAUCUUUGUCCAGAGGGUUGCGAAUGUCGGAUCAACUUGAAGCUGGUGUCGUUGGUAUCAAUGGAGGAUCAAUGGGUAUUAUCCCUGUGAUGUCUGUAGGUGGAUUCAAGCAAAGUGGAACUGGCUCGGAGUCUGGAUACGAAGGUAUCAAGGAGUAUCUCCAGACCAAGUCCACUAUGAUCGCUUUGAGUUGA